AGACGAGUAGAACAAUGGCAGAAUGACAAAGGGGCAGGCUUACGAGAGACUUUGGUGAAGUUUUUUAAACUCUCCUUGUUUUGUUUGCGGUGUUACGCUACCAGCAAUCCGCACAGGAGGACAUUUUGGAAACAAUGUCACUUUUAAUGAACGGUUCACGAAUUAAAGAAGAAUAGAUUUUUUUAGCAAUGGGUUUACUGAAGUUCAACACUGGACGAGAUAAUCCUACGAUAGCGGCGACAGUGGCAGAGACCAAGUUGGUGUGCCAAGGGCUGAACAACCAGAGCUACAUUUGUGAGACGGGUCACUGCUGUGGAGAGAUGCAGUGCUGCACCUACUACUAUGAACUGUGGUGGUUUUGGUUGGUGUGGACUCUGAUUAUUAUCCUGACAUGUUGCUGUUUGUGUCAGCACCGACGCUCCAAGCAGCGCUUCCAGCAGCAGCGUCGGCAGAACGAGAUCAACCUCAUUGCCUACAGGGAGGCCCACAACCACACACAACUGCCCCUCUAUCUCAGAUUCUUACCUGACUACCUGCUGCCGGCAUAUGAGGAAGUAGUCAACCGGCCAGCCACGCCUCCUCCUCCCUACAGCCCCCUCCAGUCUGUGACCGUACCUGCCAACCCACCCGAAUGCCCUCCCAGUCUUCACCCCCAGCCUGACGCAGCUAACGCAUCUGACGCCCUGCUGGCCGCAGCUCCAGAGGCCGGCCAGACCCAGCUUCAUAGCCCCUCACACCCCAGCAACAAGGAGUCGACCACAGGACGGUACCGGCGUUUCACGGGCGAUUCUGGAAUCGAAGUGUGCGAUGGCCAGGAAUUGUGGGAUCAACAAGGCUUUCACGGAAGAGAAGAGGAGGAGGAGGAGAUGGAGGAAGUGGAGGACCCAUGUGACCGCUGUGGUCUCCAGACAGUUGAACAUAUUACAGAUGCAGACACCCAUGAAAACAUGGAUCAACACACAAAUCUGGAUACAGACCCACAGUCUCUUAGGUAAUCCAGUGUAAGCCGGCUUCUGCAGCUGUGAAGUGACGCUGCAGGACAGUAGUUGAAUGCAUUAAUGUAACUUUGAUGCUCAGGGGUUUCGUGUGUGUGUGUACAUGUGUAUGUUUAUUUGACUAACAACGGUGUGUUGGGCAGGUUUGGAGCGUAUAGAAAAGUGUGACAAAACAUUUUCCAAGAACUUAAAGUUACUUUAUGCAACUUUUUGCCUGUAGGUAUGAAAUGUAUUGUUGAUGUCUCCCUCCUCCCUUUAAGUUGGGCAAGUUGACAUGCCAGCACUUGCCACUCAUCACAAAAGCAGUGUUGAUGUUCAGUGUUGGUGAACGUUUAGUGUCACUGCCCUUGUUUGUGUUGCUCUCCUCCAUUGUUGAUGCAACAUCUUCUCCUUGCCCUAAGCACCUACAAAGCACAAGUGCACUUGUUUAUUUUAAUGUUUAAAAGUUGUAUUAUGUAGCCUUACAGGACCAUACCAGUGAUUUUGUAUGUUUAGCGUAAUAUUUAUAAAAUGUAUACACUGCAAAAACUCAAAAUCUUACCAAG